AGGCCGCGGGGCCGCGGCCGGGUGCGCUCCGCAGGCUGGGCCGGUACCGGCCGCAGGGUCCCGGCUCCGGUGCCCAUCGCCAUGGAGGAGCGCAGGAGGAAGCGCAGCCCCCGGCCCUGCCCGGCCCCACCGCUGCCCCCCAGCAGGAGCACGUCCCUGGCGCUGCCGCUGCCCCCCCUGCCCUCGCCCCGACAGCGCGCACGGCUCAGGCGGACCAGCAAGGAGCGGGUGCGCGGCACGGCGAUGGCGCGGGGGGCUCCGCUGCAGCACAGCUUCCUCACCGACGUGUCCGACGUGUGCGAGAUGGAGGGGGGACUGCUCAGCCUCCUCAGCGACUUCCACUCGGGAAAGCUGCAGGCCUUUGGGAAGGAGUGCUCCUUCCAGCAGCUGGAGCACGUGCGGGAGAUGCAGGAGAAGCUGGCUCGGCUCCACUUCGGCCUCGAUGGCUGCGUGGAGGAGCUCCCUGAGGAGCAGAAGAAGGCGGCGGCUGACAGGAACCUGGACCAGCUGCUGGCACACCUGGAGGAGCUCAGCAGCUCCAUUCAGAAGCUGCACUUGGCCGAGAGCUCCGACCCUGAGGACUCCACUGCCUGACCCAGCGCCCGGUCCGGCCCCGGUGCCACCGCACGGGAACCCCCCCCCUCCG